AUGAAGGAAGGUGAAGAAAAAAAUCUUAAUGAUCAAAAUGAAGUUUUCAGAUAUUUGGUAAACAAAAAUACUAAUUAUGCAAAGUUACCAAGAAGUGGAUACCCUAAACAUUUGAAUGUGACCAUCAGAACGAAUUGA